AUGCCUCACCACUCCAAAGCUCCAUCUUCCAGCGAGCUUCUCGGCUCAGUUGUAGGCGACACUUACAUCCUGGUCGACCUCAUCGGUCGCGGCUCCUUCGGCUCUGUCUUCCGCGCCAUCGACACCUCCACUCCAGAGCGCACCGAAGUCGCCGUCAAAGCUCUUCACAGAGCCGAACCUGGUACUCCUCAAUGGAACCGCCAAGUCCUCGAGUGCCACGCGCACUAUAAAUGCACAGAUCACCCCAACGUCCUCCCCAUGCGCAACAUCGUCCUUGAUGACAAGUAUAUCUUCGUCGUUCUCGAGUUGUGCGUCGGUGGCGACCUCGGAAAUUUCAUCGGCAACAGAAAGUUCGUGUGGCGGAACGAUGAGUGGGUCAGGAGUGUAUUCUUGCAGAUGAUCGAUGCGGUGGAGUCGUGUCACGAGAAGAACGUCUAUCAUUGCGAUUUGAAGCCGGCGAAUGUUCUUUGUUCGGAGGACGGGAGUCAGGUGUUUAUUUCCGACUUUGGGCUGGCGUUGUUGAGUGAAGAGUCGAUGUCGGGCUCUGGAGGAGGAACGUAUUCAUAUAUGGCGCCGGAGGCCAUCGGUUCAGAUAAAAAGUCCAGCCCCUACGCCAACUCGGGCAACGACAUCUGGUCUUUAGGAAUAAUUUUAAUCAACCUCUGUACCGCACACUGCCCCUGGACGUAUGCUAUCCCAGAAGACGCCGCCUACAUCGACUUCGUAGACAAUGCCACCUCGAUUUAUCGCAACCUCCCCAUCUCCAAAGCCCUCGCCGCCUUUCUCCUCGACAUCCUCGAUCCAAACCCCGCCACCCGUCUCACACUCAACGACAUGCGUCGCACGGUGAAGACCAUCGACACUUUU